GGUCAUGUCGAAUCCAAGAUAGCAGCCAAUGAGAUGUGCUCCGGUGUCAUGGGAGACCUGUCCUUUGCCGCGCUGGCCCAUCGAGUCGCACACCAAUCCUGCGCAAUAUCCACUAUAUUUUUUUAGAUUUGCAUGAUAUCAGCUACUGGAUGUGCAAUCCGAUAUUCUUUCAUCUUCACAUCAGGACAUCCAAAACGCUUAAGUCGACUUGUUGUCAUGGCGGAAACGAGCGGUCUCCCCCCGGUGCGCAUCGGCACUCGACGCUCAAACCUCGCCGUGGUCCAGGCCGAAGGUGUUCGGGCCGGCCUGCAAGCCAUUGCUCCCGAUCGGACCUUUGAAAUAGAUGCCAUCCGUGUCCUCGGAGAUAAGGAUACAGAGACUGCAUUAUAUGCUUUUGGCGCGAAGAGCCUGUGGACGUCGGACCUAGAGAAGAAACUUGUUACCGGGCAACUCGAUGUAGUUGUUCACUGCUUGAAGGAUAUGCCGACGGCUUUACCGGACUCGUGCGAAUUGGCUGUCAUCCCGCUCCGCGACUCUCCUCGCGAUGCUCUGAUUGUGAAAGCCGGCCUGCCCUACACCAGCCUCGAUAGCCUACCACAAGGCGCUGUUGUAGGCACUUCAUCCGUGCGAAGAUCCGCACAACUCAAACGACUCCAUCCUCACCUCAAAUUUGCCAACAUUCGCGGAAACGUCGAGACGCGGCUGGCGAAGCUUGAUGAUCCCAACGGCGAAUUCACGUGCAUGAUCAUGUCUGCCUGCGGCUUCGAGCGCAUAGGUCUGAGUCACCGUCUCACGCAAUACCUGAGCUCCAAAAAUGGCGGGAUCUACCACGCGGUUGGUCAAGGCGCAUUGGCGCUUGAGAUCCGUAAGGGUGAUGCUCAGACACUGGGACUCAUCCAACCUUUAGCGGACCGAAGCUCAACGCUGGUCUGUCUCGCAGAACGUGAACUCAUGCGGAGGCUCGAGGGCGGCUGCAGCGUCCCGAUUGGUGUCGAAAGCGACUGGCUCGACGAGGCGGGCCAUGUCUUGAACUUGCGAGCCAUCGUAGUCAGCCUCGAUGGCUUGCAAGCAGUAGAGGAGUCUUUGAGUGAAAGGGUGUCGGAGGUCGAUGAAGCUGUGGCGCUUGGUCAGAAAUUAGCUGCGAAGUUGGUUGAGGCUGGUGCAGGCAAGAUUUUGGACAAGAUUAAUGCCAAUAGACCGGCGAAGACAUGAUGCUUCGAUCGCUUCUAUUGGCGUGCAUUGAAGGGGACUUUGGAGUGAAGGGGCGGAGGCGGGCGCCUAAUUAGGCGCCCGCUGACAGGCCGCCCAGCGUGCGAAACAAGCAGGCCCAAGAUUGCAAUUUUAAGGUUGGGAUUGAAAUAAACUUCUCGUCAUCAUCUGAAAUGACGAUGCCUAUAAAAUUAUCCACAAUUUAUCUCAAGCAUCGUGCAAAACAAACCAUGGAUGCGGGAGCCGG